AUGACUAAUUGGAAAGCUAUAUUGACUCCAGCACAAUACCGAGUGCUUCGUUUGGGCGGUACGGAAACACCACACACCGGACAGUAUGUGAACUUCAAAGAAAGUGGGACCUACUUAUGUGGUGGAUGUCAAACUCCACUUUACAAAAGCAGCACAAAGUUCGAUUCAUCUUGUGGUUGGCCUGCAUUCUAUGAAGCGUUACCUGGAGCAGUAACACGAAUAGAAGACAACUCUCUUGGAAUGCGAGGAAUUGAAAUCAGAUGCUCCCAGUGCGAUGGACAUCUUGGCCAUGUUUUUGAGGGUGAGGGGUAUGACACUCCUACAGACUCGAGGCAUUGUGUCAACAGUAUCAGCCUGAAGUUUCAAGGUGAAGGGGAGGAUGAGGAGAACACUACUAAGUAA